CACCGGAGCCGUGUGCGCCGCCGCGCCGCCCCACGCCGCCCCACGCCGCCCCACGCCGCGCCGGUCAGCGGGGCCACGCCGCCACUUUGGAUAACUUCCACAGCCCGAGGAUCCUGCCGUUCGCCGAGGCGCAUUGAUCGUCCGCGUCCGACAUUGUCAUGACUGAUUUAGCCUGUGAGCACAGGUGACUCUUGAUCAUUUCGCUCUCUUUUUAUUAAACCCAUUGUUGAAUUCUCUGGCGGAGGAAGAUUAACCCACAGUGUGGAUCGGCGUGAUCGCCAAACUCGCACUGUGCGCGUGGGGACGGGUGCUUUUUGCCCAAGAUGCGGGUGGACCGGGACCGCGGGGCUUCCAGCGCGCGCUGUGCCUGUCUGCUCGUACUUUUCUCAACUCUGAGCACCAGGUUCACGGAGGUGGGAGGCACCCACCAAAGCAUCCCUCCGUCCGUGGUGAAGCUGUGGGCUUCGGCGUUUGGUGGCGAGAUGAAGUCCAUCUCAGCAAAAUAUUCUGGCUCCCAGCUGCUGCAGAAGAAAUACAAGGAGUUUGAGCGAGCGGUGCGCGUGGAGGAGAUCGACGGACUGCGUCUGGUAACGAGGCUGGCGGAAGACAUGGAGGAAAUGUUUCACAAGAAGGCUCAGGCAAUGAAGAGGCUGGUGGAGGCUGCAGAGGAGGCUCACCUGCAGCACGAGGAGGAUCCAGACCUACAGUAUGAAUACUUCAACGCGGUGCUUAUAAAUGAGGUGGAUGAGGAGGGGAACAGUGUGGAGCUGGGAGGAGAGUUCAUCCUGCAGCCCAACGACCACUUCAACAACCUGUCGGUGAACCUCAGCCUCAGCGUGGUCCAGGUCCCGACCAACAUGUACAACAAAGACUCUGCGAUUGUCAAUGGAGUUUACUGGUCUGAGGCCUUGAAUAAAGUGUUUGUGGAUAACUUUGAGAAGGACCCAUCACUCAUAUGGCAGUACUUCGGCAGCGCUAAAGGCUUUUUCCGGCAGUACCCAGGGAUUAAGUGGAAGCCGGACGAGCACGGCGUCAUAGCGUUUGACUGUCGUAACCGGAAGUGGUACAUCCAGGCGGCGACGUCCCCCAAGGACGUGGUCAUCCUGGUGGACGUGAGCGGCAGCAUGAAGGGCCUGCGGCUGACCAUCGCCCGGCAGACGGUGUCCUCCAUCCUGGACACGCUCGGGGACGACGACUUCUUCAACAUCAUCGCCUACAAUGAAGAGCUGCAUUACGUGGAGCCAUGUCUGAACGGAACCCUGGUCCAAGCAGACAUCACCAACAAAGAUCAUUUCAGGGAGCACCUCGACAAGCUGUUUGCUCAAGGCAUCGGGAUGUUGGACAUAGCUCUGACGGAGGCCUUCAAUCUUCUCAGUGACUUCAACGAGACUGGGAGGGGAAGUGAGUGCAGCCAGGCCAUUAUGCUGGUGACAGAUGGAGCGGUGGACACAUAUGAUGCCAUCUUUGCCAAGUAUAACUGGCCAGAGAGGAAGGUCCGUAUAUUCCCGUACCUGAUCGGCCGAGAGUCCGCCUUCGCAGAUAAUCUGAAAUGGAUGGCAUGUGCCAACAAAGGCUACUUUACUCAGAUUUCCACACUGGCAGAUGUACAGGAAAACGUGAUGGAGUAUCUCCACGUGCUCAGUCGCCCCAAGGUGAUCGAUCGGGAGCACGACACGGUGUGGACUGAGGCCUACAUCGAUAGCACCCUCCCCCAAGCACAAAAGCUGGACGACGGCCAAGGCCCGGUUCUGAUGACCACAGUGGCCAUGCCAGUGUUCAGCACCAAAAAUGAGACGAGGAAGAGUGGCAUCCUGUUGGGGGUGGUCGGGACGGACGUGCCCGUCUCUGAGCUGCUCAAGACAAUCCCCAAGUUUAAGCUGGGCAUUCACGGCUACGCUUUCGCAAUCACCAACAACGGCUACAUCCUCACCCACCCGGAUCUACGGCCUCUUUACGGGGACGGCAAGAAGCGGCGGAAGCCAAACUACAGCAGCGUGGACCUGUCCGAGGUGGAGUGGGAGGAUAAAGACGACACGCUGCGGAACGCCAUGGUCAACAGGAAGACGGGGACCUUCUCCAUGGAGGUGAAGAAAAGUGUUGACAAAGGGAAACGUGUACUGGUCCUGCAUAACGAUUACUACUACACAGACAUCAAGGGGACUCCGUUCAGUCUGGGUGUAGCCCUUUCCAGAGGCCAUGGAAAGUUUUUCUUCAAAGGGAACGUCACCGUGGAGGAAGGACUUCAUGAUUUGGAGCAUCCAGAUGUAGCGCUGGCAGAUGAAUGGACGUACUGCAACACGGACGAGCACCCGGAGCACAGAUACCUGUCGCAGAUAGAGGCCAUCAAACUGUACCUGAGUGGACACGAGCCCACCCUGCAAUGCGACAAGGAGCUGAUUCAGGAGGUUCUCUUUGACGCCGUGGUGACGGCGCCUAUCGAGGCCUAUUGGACCAGCCUCGUGCUCAACAAGUCAGAGAACUCCGAUAAAGGAGUGGAGAUCGCCUACUUGGGCACCAGAACCGGCCUGUCCAGAAUCAACCUGUUUGUGGUGCCCGAUGAGCUCACGAACCAAGACUUCCUGACGGCCGAGGACAAGGAGGGGGUGUUCAACGCCGACCACUUCCCGCUGUGGUACAAGAGAGCGGCCGAGCAGGUCCCCGGCACCUUCGUCUACUCGCUGCCGUUCAACACGGGAUCAGAGAACAAGAGCGUGGUGUUGGCCAGCACUGCCAUUCAGCUCCUGGAUGAGAGGAAAUCACCCAUAGCCGCGGCUGUGGGCAUUCAGAUGAAACUGGAGUUCUUUCACAGGAAGUUCUGGACAGCCAGCCGGCAGUGUGCAGCUCUCGACGGUAAAUGCUCCAUAAGCUGUGACGAUGAGAACAUCAGCUGCUACCUCAUUGACAACAACGGCUUCAUCCUGGUGGCAGAGGACUACACCCUGACAGGAAAGUUCUUUGGAGAACCGGAGGGAGCUGUAAUGAGUAAGCUCCUGCAGAUGGGCUCUUUCAGGAGGGUCACGCUGUACGACUACCAGGCCCUGUGCUGGGUCUUCUCCGAGAGCAGUGACAGUGGACACACACUGCUGGAUCCGUAUCUCGCCUUCUUCUCGGCGGUGAGGUGGAUGCUGACCGAGCUUGUCAUAUUCCUGGUGGAGUUCAACCUGUACAGCUGGUGGCACUCAGACCUCACUGCUAAAGCUCAGAGAGUCGGUCGGACCAUGCAGGUGCCGUGCGACACGGAGUAUCCGGCCUUCGUGUCCGAGAGAACCAUCAAAGAGAACACGGGCAACGUGGACUGCGAUGGCUGCAUCAAGUCCUUUGUGAUCCAGCAGAUCCCCAGCAGUAAUCUCUUCAUGGUGGUGGUGGACAACAAGUGUGACUGCAGCAUGUUCGAGCCAAUCACGAUGGACCCUAUCGAAAUAAUGUAUAAUGAAUCUCUUAAGUGCGAGAGACUGAAGAUGCAAAAAGACCGGAGGCGCCCCGAUACCUGUCACCCGUUCCACCCAGAGGAGAACUCCAUGGAGUGCGGCGGAGCUGCCAGUCACUCCCCGUGUCUGGCCGCCACCCUGCUCUGCGUCCUCCUGGCUUUGUUCCCCAGGUGACCGGAGCCGGCCUCGCUUCUCCAUCAGAGCUCGGCUCGGCUCGGCUCGGCUCGGCUCGGCUCGGAUCGGCUCGGCUCGGCUCGGCACGCAACGUUAUCGCAACACGGCCACAGACGCAAAACACAUCAUUCCCAAUUUUAACUCACCACCAAAAAGCAAAAAGUCCCCGUAGCCUCGAGGAAGCUUCCAAGGCUCUUAUUCGAAACAAGUUGAUAAUGGAAAGCAAGUGGAGCUGCUGAGCAGUUUAUUAUUAAGGUGCUUUAUCAAUAUCACAUGAGCGGCACUGAGAGCUCUCUGGAGCGCUUCAGUGUCGUGGACGUAGUAAUAAGGCUAACAAUGCACUUAGUAGCUUCGAAACUGCACAGGCUGUCCAAUGAUUCACAGACACACUCGCCACCAUGUUGAGUCCUCAAGGAAGCGACAGGAAGCGCCGCGGUCCUUUACUGGGCUCAGAGCUCUGCAUUACAGCCACGUAGAACCCGUGUGGAGGAAAACAAGCGCACCUCCUACUGGUCCACACUAACUUUAUAUGGACCAUCGUGAUUUUGAAAAUAAAAACUAUAUGAAAGGUUGAGGACGCCUAUAUGUGGUUGGGUUAUAAUGAAAUGUUUAUCAAAUGUUUUUUUUCCAUGGUUAAAAAAAAUGAGUUCUAAUAUACUGUGUAUAUAUAAAUUAAGAAAAAAAAGAGUUCUAUUUAUAAUUUGCAAGUGGUACCCAUAAACUGUGAGAUUUUGAGUCCUCUGACGUGAGUGGUUGUUAAUAUUUGAGCUUUGCCUUAUUGAAUAAUAUUGGUCCUGUUUGUGUACUUUUGAAAUAAAACUAUGUUUAAAAUUGA